GGGGGCGUAGUGGGACUGUAAACGCUAACUGCUUCACUUCCGGUCACAUUUUCCUUCCGCGGUUUUGUUCUACGUAACCCCGACGAGCUAGCUCACCGGACUUCGGUACAAAAAACGAUACAGAAUGAGCAAAGCACACCCGCCAGAGCUGAAGAAAUUCAUGGAUAAAAAGCUUUCAUUGAAGCUGAAUGGAGGCAGACACGUGCAGGGCAUCUUGCGAGGGUUUGACCCCUUCAUGAACCUGGUAAUGGACGACUGUCUGGAGAUGGCCCCAGGAGGACAACAAAACACCAUCGGCAUGGUGGUGAUCAGAGGAAACAGCAUCAUCAUGUUGGAGGCCUUGGAGAGAGUAUGAGAGAGGAGCAUCACCUGUAUUCCAUUUUAGAUGUUAAACUUGUUUUAUUUCCUCCACUCUGGUCUUUUGUUUGAAUGUUUUGUGAAUAAAUCUGAUUUUGUUUA